AGGUCACCUCGCGAGACCCUAGUGGACAGUGGCGAAACUAGCGCCAGGCAUCGCGGCGACGUACCACGGGGCGACGAAAAGCGAGACCUUGUGUUGACUCCCUGUCAUGACGAUUCUCGGAUUACUAGACGGUGCUCGAUCGAGGGACGUCCUCGUCGGGAACAUUCUCCUGGCCCUCUUGCUGGCUGGGACAAGCGAUGGCAACGAAGGCUGCGGCAACACACCAGAUGACAGCCAAAUGAUGUCCGUUCUGAAGCAAGCGGCGGACAUGUUCAUGCCCUGCAUAGAAGCCCUCUACCACACGCCCAUGCAUGGCAGCAUUCUUGAGCAGGCCGUUCAAGGUAUAUGCAGAAACUACGACAAGUGCAACGAGCUAGGCGAAAGGUGGACUGCUUGCUUCACAGAGAUGACCACAGAGUUUUUGGCAACGAUAAAGGACUUCCCGUAUGAGCCAAGUAUGAUGGCACAGAAGAGUGUGGGCUGCAUGAUGAGCUCGAAGACAGUGCCCCGAGAGAAGCAGCGCCUUUUUGCUGCACUCCACUGGCUCCUGCUGCUGCUUAAGUAGCUCCUCCCUGCUACUUACUCCCGUUCUUUGGUUUGUGCUGAAUAAAGACGUCUGUUGCCUGUC